AUGGACAAGUUCCGGAUGAUCUUCCAGUUCCUCCAGUCCAACCAGGAGUCGUUCAUGAACGGCAUCUGUGGGAUCAUGGCCCUUGCCAGCGCCCAGAUGUACGCGGCCUUUGACUUCAACUGCCCCUGCCUGCCGCACUACAACCUGGCCUAUGGCCUGGGCAUCCUGUUCGUGCCCCCGCUCGUCCUCUUCCUGCUGGGGUUCGUGAUGAACAACAACGUGUCCAUGCUGGCGGAGGAGUGGAAGAGGCCGACGGGCAUGAGGCAGAAGGACCCGGCCGUGUUGCGUUACAUGUUCUGCUCCAUGGCUCAGCGGGCCAUGAUCGCGCCCGCGGUCUGGAUCUCCGUGACGCUGCUGGACGGGAAGUGCAUCCUGUGUGCAUUCAGCACCUCGGUGCCGGUGGAGAAGCUGGGGAACCUGAGCUACACGGGCCUGUCCGAGAAGGAGAUGAAGAGGAUACUGGCCCGGAUCCCCUGCAAAGAGAUCUACGAUGGGCAGCAGCUCAUCCCCAGCGAGGUGGCCAUCAGAUACUUGCGCUGCAUCUCGCAGGCUCUGGGCUGGUGCUUCGUGCUGCUGAUGACCAUGCUGGCGUUCCUCGUGCGGUCCCUGCGGCCCUGCUUCACUCAGGCCGCCUUCCUGAAGAGCAAGUACUGGUCCCACUACAUCGACAUCGAGCGCAAGCUGUUCGACGAGACCUGCACGGAGCACGCCAAGAGCUUCGCCAAGGUCUGCAUCCAGCAGUUCUUCGAGGCCAUGAACAAGGACAUGGGCAUGGGGCACCCCCACCUGCCUGAGAAAACCCCCUCCGAGGCAGGGGAGGAGAAGGAGAAGCUGCUGGGCAUCACGGACCAGGGGACCAUGAACAAGCUCCUGAAGAGCUGGCACAAAUGCAAGCCCCCUCUGUGCCUCCACCAGGAGCUCUUCCAGAACAGGAACGGCUGGGCUGGCGAGAGCCAGCCGCUCGGUCCCGUCAGCCUGCCCAAGAGGGAGAUCAUCGCCUACUACAGCAGAGUAUGAGGGUGGGCUAGGAGUAGCCCAAGGUUUCUCUUCCAAGGGAGCC